CAGGAUUCUCCUCUUCUCGCAGAUUUAAAGCAAGCUCACAGUCCGUCCGAAUCUUUUUGUUACCUCGCUUGAGUCAUUGUCAUUAUGUCUUCCGAGUACGACUUCAUUGUCGUCUUCAGGGGGUGCAUCUGGCUGCGUUGUUGCAGCCAGGCUCGCGCAAUCCGAGCAACGGCCCAAAGUGCUUCUCCUCGAGGCUGGAUCCGACAAUGAGGAUGUCUCCUACCGUGUUCCUGCAGAUCGCUUCAAAACAUUUCAAGAACCAUCCAUGAAUUGGGGUUAUAAAACUGUUCCUCAGACUCAUCUGACUGGACAACAAAUUGAUUACUCGCGAGGGAAGGGGCUCGGCGGUAGCACGGCGAUUAACUUUGCUUGCUGGCUGGUCGGUGCUGACGAAGAUUACAACGAGUGGGCAAGGAAAGUGGGCGAUGAUGCCUGGUCUUGGACGAACGUGAAGGAACGACUCAAAAAGAUCGAAAAUUAUCAUGUAGAUGUUCCUGAGGAGGGCAAGAGGUACAUCUCUCCAAAAGCAGCAGAUCAUGGGACUUCGGGGCCCCUUCACCUUAGCUACGCCGAUCCGUGGGAGAAAGGCGUCACGGAUGUGUUCAAGGCGGCUGAAGAGCUCGGUUUGGACGUCAACCCUGAUGUGAACUCGGGCAACCCCUUAGGGAUGGGUAUGGGUGCGACUUGCAUGUAUCAAGGUUUUAGGACAACUGCAUCAGCGUACCUCGAAAAUGCACCGCCAAACCUCACCGUAAAGCUCAAUUCGCCUGUUGCCAGGGUUCUAAUGUCUGGAAGCAGGGCAACUGGAGUUAGAACGAUUGAAGGGAGUGACUUCCACGCCAAGAAUGACGUUAUCCUUUCUGGCGGAGCCCUCAAUUCGCCCCACCUACUCAUGUUGUCUGGUAUUGGUCCCGCAGAGGAGCUUAAGAAGCAUGGCAUUUCCGUUGUUCAGGACCUCCCAGAUGUUGGAAAGAAUCUACAAGACCACUAUUUCUCAACUGCAGUACUUAUUCAACGCCCAGGAACAAAUGAUAGAUCGGAAUUCGAGGGGAUGAGCCCGGAAGCGAUGGCUGCUACAAGAGCCCAGCAUGCCAAGGACAAGAAAGGUAUUCUGUCCAGCGUGUAUUGCUCGGUACCCAUGGGAUGGUUCAAAAGUGAUGCCGUUUACAUGUCGGAAGAAUACAAGGCCCUUGACAAGCACACACAGGAAUUUUUGAAGAAACCCCACGUGCCAAUCUACGAACUUGCCACCCAUGCUCCACCGCUAUUCGUUGGCGACUACGUCCUCCAACCAGAAGACAGCUACCUCACAGGUUUGGCGUUUCUGAUGAAUCCGCAAUCAACCGGGGAGGUCACUUUAUAUUCUGCGGACCCUUCUGAUGCUCCCAGAUUCGAUCCAAACUUACUCACACAUCCAUAUGAUCGCAGGGCUCUGAUAGAGGCCAUGAGGAAGCUGCUCGAGUAUCUGGAGGCACCUAUUUUCAAGCAAAAUACUGUUAAGAUGAUUGGGUGCCCGGCAAGUAAAUCGGAUGACGACAUCUGGUCUCACUGUGCUGGAAAUAUUUUCUCAUCAUGGCACAUGUGCAGCACCGUAAGAAUGGGGAAGAAGGAUGAUAAGGGGGCUUGUGUUGAUCCCGAUUUUCGGGUGAGGGGUGUGGAAAAUCUCCGUGUCGUGGACCUCAGCGUUAUACCCUUGCUCCCAAAUAACCACACGCAAUCUACCGCUUAUCUAGUUGGAGAAACUGCAGCUGAGAAGCUCAUUGCAGAAUACGGUCUCGACCAGGGCCAGUCACCUCGAGUGUAACUCUGGCUUAUGAGACGUGAAGAUAUGGCAUGAGUGUUUCCAGUAGUUCCAAACUUCAUUGUCGGUGACAGACAACAUGUUCCUAAGGCUGUUCUUCCUUACCCUAUUAAGUACAACAAAUGAAAGUCUCGGGUUCCGUGGAACGAAGCUGCGAAUGGGUGCCUUGAAGGAAUAUACUCUAGAUUAUGGGCAUGACCGAGAUAUCUCAUUUCAAACUCCAUUCAUG